AUGUCCUCAGAGGUGUUUUCCGGCCCAGCCGAUUCUGGCAUUGCGCGGCUGGGCGGGAGAUGCUGACGGGGGCGCCGCGGAGCCGGAGCCGGCCGGAGCCUCCUCCUGCCGGAACCAAAGCGCGGCGCGGCGGCGGCGCACCGGGGGCUGUCGGUGUGGCACCGCCCGCCGUGUCCCCGGUGCGGCUGCGGCCCCGCCAUGCUCCCGCUGCUGCUGCUCCGGGCCGCCCCCGCCGCCGCCUGCCGCCCCAUCGCCUCCGCAUGGCUGCGGGGCGCCGCGCACCCCGCCUGCCGCCACCGGGCCGCUGCCGCUGCGAGGCCCCAACAGGUUGCAUCUUUUCAAGGAGUGGCUGUUCGCAGCCUCAGCACAUCCUCCCCUCACGAUCACCCAGAACAUGGAAGAUUAGUUUAUAAAGGAAAUUUGGCAAAGACAGUGUUGGGUGUGAAGUUUUUCUCUUACUCCACCAGCAUAUUCAACCUGUUCAUGAUGCCCUACAUCAUGCUCAAAAGUGGUAUUGGAGUGGAAAGUUUGCUUGUCCAAGGUGCCUUUUAUGGGUUGAUUGGGAUUUUUACGUUUGUAACUCCGGUUACUUUGCAUCUCCUUACAAAAGGUUACGUGAUCCGGCUCUAUUAUAAAGAUGAAGUGGACACCUAUACAGCCAUUACCUACAAUGCCAUCUUGGCAGAAAAAGCAACUGUUUUCCAUCAGAAGGACGUAAAGAUUCCAGACAUCUCCAAGAUGUUUACAACAUUUUAUGCUAAAACGAAGUCAAUGCUUGUUAAUCCUACGCUUUUCCCAAAUCCUCAGGAUUAUAACCAUCUCAUGGGCUAUGACAAAUCCUCAGUUUUUAAAUUUGAGGAUUUAGAGGCGGUAAAGGAAGCUGAUGAAAGGAAAUAAUUUGAAGAUAAUGUCAGUGUUAUUGUCCAUAAUGCAGUACUAUAUAUGUGAAAGAAUGUAAAAAUCUAUUACACUUUAUUACACUUGCUUAAGUAUUGAGUAGCUGGAGUUUUCUGUAUGCAUUUUGGAAUGUAUAAAGAGAGACACUUUUUAAAAAAUAUUGCAAACAAUGUGAGGAUUUCUUUAGAGUUAAUGACACAUAAAAUACAGUAAAAAAAAGGAGAUGCUUAGCCCUGUCAUUUGCUUGUUUAUUCUUGGUUUGAUUGUUGGUUUUAGCUCUCCAGAGAACUGUAAAAUGCCUGAGCUGUGUGGCAGUCCCACCACCUCUGUGUCAGAAGACACUAAUUUCCUAUCAAGUAUGUAGUUAAGAUGUUAAGCUUUAAAUAUUAAUUGUACUUAAUCUGAAAAUACCAGGCUUUUUGUUGCUGCUGGUGAUGGUAUAAAGGGAGUGAUCGUGGCUUUGCUUUCCCUUUGUGAGACCAUCGGUAGCCAGGAGUCUCUGGAAAGCAAACAGGUAUUCUUGUGAAUUCCUGCUACAACUCCCUGCCAGAGGAGAGAAGAACAUGGGGAGAAUGGGUGUGUAUAUAUAGAGCAGUAAGUUCUAGCUACUCAAAGGUACUCUCUGGUAAACUAAAGUCCCACUCCAAGCAACCCUGUCCCCAAAGGUGGAGGGCAAGAAGCUUCUCUUCUUGGGCAUGGGAAAGCACUGUGACAUAAGAUUGGCUCUGUGAGCAUCCCACUGACAAGAGGUACUGUAUUUGAAUCAACAAAGAAAAUUGUAGCAGCUAGUGGUUAAAAUGCAUUCUGUCAGCAUUUAUGUAAGGUGGGGAAGCAAUCGUGCCUUUGAAGAACACACAUCUUGAUUUUCAGAUGACGAAAGCCACCUUUUACUCAACUUGAAAAGGGGAAUCUGGUCUUGGACUGGUUCUUCUCCCUUGAGUGUGUAGAAGUUGGAUUUAAAUUUUUUAGCUGAAGGCACAUAAACUGACAGAUACUUGUUUUCAAAGAACGAAGGGCCUUAAUAUUUUGAGACAUAAAAAUUACUGAAUUGAAAAAAACCCAAAAUUAGAAUUAAUCCUUUUGUAUUAACAGUGCCCUUUGUAAUAAGAAAAUCUGAUACUUGCUACUAGUCAUCCUGAUCCUGCAAAUAAAAAAAUGAUAGCUAACUUUCAAGCUGUUUCCUAAGUUGUAGCUGAAAAACUGUAUUUAAAAGUCUAAAUGUCUUCCAAUACUAUUAUUUCAAUUUCCUUUUUUAGGAUGACACCACACAUGAUAAUUAACAAGGGUUUUGAAUGUUGCUUUUCUGACUGCCCUUGGUGUACUUGCUUAGUAAUUAAAAAGCAAAUUGUCCCAUCCCAAUAUUUUUGAGGCAGGUUUUUUGGGUUGGCACAACUGUAAUUUUAAAAGGGCGAUAAUGUCUUGUUAAGCCAGUAUCAUUCCAUGGGUAGCAAUAAUAUAUAAAUAAAAUUUUCAUAAAAUUA